AUGGCACUUCUUCCGCCAACAGUAGAACAACAGAAAUGCAUAGAUGAUGAACUUCCACCUGAUCCGGAGAUGAGAAAACGAGAUUUAAUUGCCAUAAGAGAAUGGCUGGCUAAACAGCCUCAUUUGCCAAAACACAUGGAUGACAAAAGACUACUGAAUUUUUUAUUUGGAUGUAAAAACAGCAUAGAAAGGUGCAAAUUAAUACUCGAAAGAUAUUACAGUGCUCGUACAGCUUUGCCAGAAUUUUUCGCUGCUAGGGAUCCAAUGGCAGGAGAUAUACAAGAAUCAUGUGAUGCUGUGUAUUAUUUUUUGCUGCCGUCAUUAACGAUAGAAGGUCAUCGAGUUACAAUAUUACGACUGAAAGAUAAAGCUUUGGAAAGAUUUUCUCUUCAGGCCAUCACCAGAAGAAUUUUAAUGGUGAUGGAUGUUCGUUUGUCGGAAGAAGCUUCUCUAUCAAACAUUAUGGUACUUGAUUUGGAGGGUUUUACAGCUGGGCAUUUUGCAAAAUGUAGUCCAACACAGACAAUCGUGCGAAGAGCUAUGCUAGCGACACAGGAUAGCAUGCCUUUCCGUUUACAUAGGGUUCACUAUUUGAACGCUCCAUCUUUCAUUGGAAAUGUACUCAAUAUUUUUUAUCCAUUGCUCAAGGAAAAACUAAUUCAGAAGUUCCGGAUUCACACUAGAGGCGGUAAAGAUCUGCAUCCUUACAUAGAUAAGGAAAUUUUACCAAACGAAUGGGGAGGCAAAGCUGGAACUUUCGAUGAAUUAAACGAUGCAUGGCGCAAGAAAAUUGAAAAACAAAGAGACUGGUUCCUCCGAGAAGAAAAAAUCAGCAGAACUGACGAAAAUUGUCGCAUACCAAACCACAAAUCUGCACUUGCAAAAGAACUGGACGGAAUUCAAGGAUCUUUUCGAAAAUUGAAUAUCGACUGAAAUCAUAUCAAUACGAAAGUACCCAAUAAUAAUUUUUUUUUAUAAGUUUCGUUUUAUAGCACUGAGGUGUAUAAAUCACCCACCAUUACCGAAAUAUUUUCGUACAUAGUCGACAGUAUUUUGUAGUUUUAUUUCUUUUGUAAAAUGGUGUCUAUUAUUGUAUGAAAAUUGUGAAUUUGUAAGUUUUAAUUAUCCAACAUGUAUUUUAAUUUCAAUUUUAGAAUGUACUUA